AUGGCUCCAAAGCUCCAAGAUACAGACUUAUUCUUGCCUGUCAAGACCAAGACCAACAAGAUCACACAAUCUCGGGUUUCAGCAUUGAAAUCGACAUCGCCAACUUCGGUUGUGAAUUUGAAUGUAGCGACAGCCAAAGUCAAGGAGCCCGAUACUGCUUCAGAUCAGCCAAUCAGACAACUACGCCACAAACGUCGAUUUACAAUAGGAGGUGUUGGCCAACGUCCAGACACGCUUGAGAUCAGCCCCGUCCCGUCUGUUGGGAAGAAUCUCGCAGCAGGACAUGAUUCUAUCAAACACAGGCCCACAGUGACCAUAUCACGGUCUCCAUCGUCUCGGCGGUCGACUAGAACUACCACUCCAGCAAAAGACAUUGGCGAACUACAUCCUUCCGGGUUGCAACCGGACAUAACGAAUGUCGGUCGUCUUUCCCCUACACCUGCAACGAAUGUUGAUGCAGAUUCGCUCAACAGCAGAUCAAGCCGGUCAAGAUCCCCGAGAGCUCAAUACCCCCCGAGCAGUUGGAAGAAUGUCCAGAGAGUAGAGCCACCGGCUUUUAAUACCGCUGAAACAAGCAAGUUGGGGAACCCGCUGCCCGGUGAGAAUAGAGAUGCUGUGGUCUCUCCUCAACGUCCCAGCUUAGGAAAGUCUCGUCACACUGAGCCGGUGUUGGCUGAAAAACCAGUCGUGGACAUUUGGACGGAAAUCGCAGGUAUCUCAACGCUUGAAUCUUUGGGCAAACUAUCUCCAAGGAAACCAACACCUCAAAAGAAUUCCAUGUCUCCAGCUCGGCAACCCUCGUCAACCCAGCAAAACCUUCCGGUUCAACAAGUGUCUGGAGUGCAUACUACACCCAUACCACCAAAGACCACCCAGCCAAAAUACAUCAGAUCUCGACGUCGCAGCAAUUCUGUGGGACCAUCAGCGCAAAGACCCAGCUUACCAGAUCCUGAGAUUGCUUAUGCCGACACAUUUCACUAUACAAGCUGUGAGCAUACAUCUCCUCCCAUGUCGCGGCCACUCAAUGCGCAGCCUAUCCUGGUAAAAUACCAUGAUGAGCUCUUGGCAUAUCCGCCAUUGCAUCUACGGGCAUAUUUCUCCAGCUUUCCAGCAAUCAUACCCAGCAUUUAUAUUAUCGAGGGCGCAUGCUCAAUUUGUGACCUGUCAUACCGCCGAGAGGCCGAAUCAGACAUCUUGGCCCGAUAUACCACUCGAUUGGAGAAUCUCAUACUGCAGCUAAGUCUGCUUCAAGAAGACAUUGAUGUCGAAUCUCCGGAUGCGGCUAAUCAGUCAGGCCGUAACAACACCGCCACAUCUUCGCCGUCAUCGAAUGCGACACGAAGUGCGGCAUCGCCGACUACGACAUCACCCACGAUCAUGUCACCUGAAAAUAUUCAAGCAAUCUUACAAAUGGAGGACCAGGCAGACAAUCUGCUCAAACAGCGUGACAACGAAGUCAAAGCCAUUUGGAGAGGAUAUACCGAACGAUGGGGUCCAGCAACCGUCGGGAUCCAUCAUGAAGGUAAUGUUCUCCGCGGAAGGAGACGAGCACAAAGUGCCAGCGAUAGUGUCCGCUUUCCCGAGGUCGAAACCUCGAGCUCUUUGACAUCGAAUGUCGAUGCGAGCACAGACAGAACGUCAACAAUGGCGUCCACUGUUUCUACACGUACGACGCAAACCAGUCAUACGAGUCGCACUGUAUCAUCGGUCACCACGCCUCGGAGAAUGAGCAUGUCACGACGAACAAGCAGGAGUUCUUCAAUCGAACCGCGAGAACGAUAUUCGGACGGGAGUCGAUCUAUCAAUGUUCCUUCGACUGUGGAUGGAGUCUUGAAGGAAGGCAGAAUGAUGGUUGACUGGAUUCGAUCAGGUCCCGGCAGUGGAAGUAGCAGGAGUCAGAGUCGCAGUCAGAGUCACAGUCGCAGCAGAAGCCGGAUAUGA